UCUCUCUCUCUCUCUCACAGAUCUUUUCGGCGAAAAUGGCGCGUGACAUCCAAUUCCCGUGCGACGGCGACGGUGUAUGCAUGAAAUGCAAAUCAACACCACCGCCGGAAGAAUCCCUCACUUGCGGCACGUGCGUUACUCCUUGGCACGUGUCCUGUCUCUCGUCUCCUCCCGAAACCCUAGCUUCGACUUUACAGUGGCAUUGUCCUGAUUGCUCCGGCGAUAUCGAUCCUCUUCCUGUUUCCGGCGCUGCGGCUGGCUACGGCGAUGCUGGUUCAGAUCUUGUAGCGGCGAUCCGCGCGAUUGAGGCGGAUGAGACUUUGAGUGCUGAUGAGAAGGCUAAGAAGAGGCAACGGUUACUGAGUGGUAAAGGUGUUGAUGAGUGUGACGAAGAAGAGAAGAAGAAGAAGGGUAAAGGGAAAGAUGCGAAUCUCGAUGUGUUAUCUGCUCUUGGAGAUAACUUGAUGUGUUCGUUCUGUAUGCAGUUGCCUGAGCGUCCUGUGACGAAACCAUGUGGUCACAAUGCAUGCUUGAAAUGUUUCGAGAGGUGGAUGGGUCAGGGGAAACGUACUUGUGGAAAAUGCCGCAGCAUAGUUCCUGAGAAAAUGGCCAGAAACCCUCGUAUCAAUUCUUCCCUUGUUUCUGCUAUCAGGUUAGCAAGAGUCUCUAAAAGUGCUGCUGCGGGUACUUCAAAGGUCGUUCAUUUUGUGAGCAACCAAGACCGUCCAGAUAAAGCAUAUACAACUGAACGCGCAAAGAAAACAGGGAAGGCAAAUGCUGCCAGUGGCAAGAUUUAUGUUACAAUACCACCUGACCACUUUGGUCCCAUACCAGCUGACAAUGAUCCUGUUAGGGGCGAAGGUGUUGUAGUUGGAGAAUCCUGGGAAGACCGACUUGAGUGUAGGCAGUGGGGGGCUCACUUCCCACAUGUUUCUGGCAUUGCUGGACAAGCAAGUUAUGGUGCUCAGUCUGUAGCACUCUCUGGAGGUUAUGAGGAUGAUGAGGAUCAUGGAGAAUGGUUUCUGUACACAGGAAGUGGGGGUAGAGAUCUCAGUGGCAACAAAAGGACUAACAAGGAUCAGUCUUUUGACCAAGUGUUCAAGAAAUCUAAUGAAGCUUUAAGACUCAGUUGCAAAUUGGGGUACCCUGUUCGAGUUGUCAGGUCUCACAAGGAGAAGCGUUCUGCAUAUGCCCCUGAGGAAGGAGUGAGAUAUGAUGGGGUUUACAGGAUUGAGAAGUGCUGGCGAAAAGUUGGAAUUCAGGGUUCUUUUAAGGUCUGUCGUUAUCUGUUUGUUAGAUGUGACAAUGACCCAGCUCCAUGGACCAGUGAUGAGCAUGGAGAUCGCCCAAGACCGUUGCCUCAUAUUCCUGAGCUUAAUAUGGCAAUAGACCUGUUUGAAAGAAAAGAAAGUCCAUCAUGGGAUUUUGAUGAAGGUAAGGGUAAAUGGGAAUGGAUAAAACCUCCACCUGCUAGUAAAAAGUCCGUGAAUGUUUUGGAUCCUGAGGAGAGAAAAAGUUUGAGGAAAGCUAUAAAGGCGGCACACUCGAAUACCGUGAGGGCAAGACUUCUGAAAGAGUUUAAAUGCCAGAUUUGUUGCCAAGUGAUGACUCUUCCUGUGACAACGCCUUGUGCUCAUAACUUCUGCAAGGCAUGCCUUGAAUCCAAAUUUGCUGGGAAAACUCUAGUGAGAGAGAGAAGCAGAGGUGGACGCACACUACGUGCACAGAAGAAUGUCAUGAACUGCCCUUCUUGCCCCACUGACAUUUCUGAGUUUCUCCAAAACCCUCAGGUCAAUAGAGAAGUAAUGGAGGUGAUAGAGAGGCUGAAAAGCCAGGAAGAGGAAGUAGAGCCAGAAGUUGAAGAAGGGGAAGGCUCAGGUACCAACGCUGAAGAAGAAACUCUGGUUGCGUCUGAAGAAGCUGAGCAACCGAAGAAACGGAUUAAGUUGGACACCGACGCAGCAGUUUCUGAGACUGUUGUGUAACUAGGCAAUGCAGUAAGUAAGUAGGAGCCUUUCCAAUGGCUUUUUUGGAACUAACUAUCGGGUAAAGUUUGAGACUAUUUGGUACCAAAAACUCUUAGUACCUAUUAUGUUGGAUUAUGCUGCAACUGAGUUCUAAAUAUAGAACGUAAACGUUGGUUUCUGGUUUGAGGAAAAAGCUUUGACGUUACCUCACCUUGAUAACUUAUUGACGUUGCAUCUUCUCUUA